CCAGCCUCCGUCUCCAGGGAAUUCUGGGAGUUUUGAUUGAUGCCCGGGAGAACUCUGCGGACACCGUGGAAAAGGUUACUGGAGGCUGCAAAUCCAGGAGGGACUUGAGUUGGCGGCUGCCUCAGUACCAGGUUAUAGCGAGGCAAAGGCAGCCUCUCCAGAGAUGGCCUUGGACCAGGUCAGCAUACCCCCUUCCUACCACAGACUGGCCAUCCAAAGAAUCCCACUGAGGACAGGGAUAGUCCCGGCGGAGCCGAUGAAGACCUUAGUCCCAUCCAAAUCCAAGCUCAGCACCUUCGAGGCCAAGAGGAUCAUGUCGGUCCUGGAUGAGGCCAUACACAAGGUGGAGCUGAUUACCCUGAUGUCCUACCUGGAGUCCCACCCGGAGGCUCUGGAGGACGCCUUGCCCGAGGACUUCGUGAGAGCCCUGAAAGAGCACUUGGACAUUGGCCAGACCCUGGUGGAGAGGGCCAGCAUCCUGCAGAGGAGACACAAGAAGCUGGAGGAAGAGGAAGAAGCCGAGGAAACCUGGAACCAGGAACGCCUGCUGUCCCUAGAGCUGCACAGGGUGGGCCUGCUGUCCCUGGCACACCAGUUCCGAGACUCCACCAAGAGUGUCCUGAGGCUCGUGCUGGGCGAGCCUCAGUUCACCAGGCUGCUACAGGUACAGGCGCCAGGCAGAAGCCCGGGGGCCCAGUGCCUCCUCAACGGCCUGGUGGAGCUUCGUGGCUUCCUCUUUGAGAAGCUUCUCACCAGCCCCAUGGAAGUCAGAGAGAAGAGCCAAUUCAUACAGGACAUCAGCCGGAGGAGCAAGAGGAACCAGGAGGUCAUCGAUGGCCUCCAGGCUGAGCUGGCCAAUGUGCUGAAGAACAAAGAAUCAGAGGUGGAGAAGGAGAACUUUGUGAUCCAGGAACUGAAGAAUCAUCUGCACCAGGUGUUCAAGUUUUCAGAGAACAGCCUCCUCCGCACGAAGCAGGAGGCCGAGAAGCAGCAGAAGGUGGAUUUCCGGGCCUCCCAGGUCAGGCUGGCCAAGACGCAGCAAGACAUCCUGGCGCUUCGGGCACAGUACUACAACCUGGUCAUGGAGAACCGGGAGGCGGAGCAGGCGCUGAGGAAGAAAAAAUACAAAGUGGAGACAGAAGUCGAGAACUGGAUCCAGAAAUAUGACAUGGAGAUGGGCGAGAAGCAGGACGAAUACGAGGACCUGGAGAGCAUCCACAAGGAGGAGAAGCUGCAGCUGGAGGAGCUGAGGGAGAGGCACGCGGUGCUGGUGGAGGAGUUCUCCCAGAUCCGCGCCGAGAGCGAGAUCAAUUCCAAGAAACGGGUGGAGGCUGAGCGCGAGAUGGUGCGCAUGGUGAGAGCCGCCACGCUCAUCCAGGCGGUGUGGAAGGGCUACCUGGUGCGCUCCAUACUCAGGUCCAAGAAGAAGAAGCGGAGCAAGGGGAAGGGCAAAGACAAGGGGAAGGGCAAGGAGAAGCCCAAGGAGAAGCCCAAGGAAGAGAAGGCCAAGGAGAAGAAACCCAAGGCUAAGGGCAAAGGCAAGAAGAAGUGACCACAUCCUGGUCCGGCCCCGCCCCUGCCCAACUUCAACCACGCCCUACCGGGUCCCAACCGUGCCCCUGUUCUGUCCCAGCCCUUCCACUCCCGGCUUUAAUGGUGGCUAAAUUAAACAGACAAACAACAAAACCCACU